AUGCACAGUGAGGGGACAGCUAACAGGAGAAGUAAGACCAGAGCAUUCCUCUCAGAAGCACAGGGUGAGCGAAACGCCUGGGGCUACAAACCCCAGGGCCUGGGCGGGCGGAGCGGCUACAAACCCCAGGGCCUGGGCGGGCGGGGCGGCUACAAACCCCAGGGCCUGGGCGGCCGGGCUGCACACUGGCAGCACGGACUCUGCGGAGCUCGACGGAAACCGAGAAGGAAGCUGAGAGCCUCCGGGCAGCUAGGACGGCAGGACGAGUCGGCGUGA